CUGAGAGGAGCAUCAGUCAGCAGACGGAUUGAGACAAAGAUCAAGAUGAAGCUCAUACUUCUCUGCCUUGUGAUCGUGACCCUCCAGCUGCAAGGUACAAACCCUGAAACGACAAAAAGCCCCGAUACAAAACCUGCAAUUACAAAGCGCUCUGACUUGAAUCCCACAACCACUAAAAGUGCAGGCCCGAAUCCCACAACUACUAAACGUGCAGGAGGAAACGCAGUAACUAUCAGACCUCCUAUUAUUGGUCCAGUGCCUACAGCACCUGCUGGUCGAAUAACAACAAAACGUCCUGGCCCUAAUCCCACAACUACUAAACGUGCAGGAGGAAACGCAGUAACUAUCAGACCUCCUAUUAUUGGUCCAGUGCCUGCAGCACCUGCUGGUCGAACAACAACAAAACGUCCAGUGACUAAGACGAGACGAGGUUUAGAGUGCUACGACUGCAAUAUCAGAACCUGUAAGAAAAAGCACAGUGCUCCCUGUAAAUCUACCGAGGACACGUGUAUGAGGAUUUCCAGAAAAAUUGUAGGCUAUGAUGGCACCCCAGAUCGUGAAAAUGAGUUUAACCCAACCAUGAACGUUCUUGUGUGGGAGCGGAAAUGCACAACUGCCGCCGAUUGCAAGAAAAGACAGAGUGACACCCGCCUUGGCAAGAUGACAAGUUGCUGCAACAAGAACCUGUGCAACGCUUAAAGGGGAGCAGCCAUAUUUGGUUUGAUCUGAUUGGCCCAUGAAUGCAGGACAUGGGGAAGAUGGUAGAGGGCACCAAUACAAUGAUUUCCCCUCAGUUACACUUUGCAAUAAAAGCGCCAACGAAAA